CUUCAACCGUGAACAGCGGCAGCGGUUCGAUCAGUUAGCGGUCCUCACACUGCAGCACAAUCAGCUGGCGCUCAGCCCUCUUCGUGUUCACGAUGUGUAGAGGACAGGACAUGUAAGCAGUCGGCUCUCCUUUUGUAUGUUAGAGACCUGGCUGUAGAAUUUCCUGUCGCGUUGUCCUUUACCGAAGAUCCGGAGGAGACGCAGUGGAGAUUUUCCCCUGCCGAGCCCGUCUUGGCCGGGGCCGCGGAACCUUGGUCGGCCGGACCGCAUUCCUUCACUCUCUGAAGACCAGUGGGUAGGAGUGUCCGCCGCGUGAGUUCGCUGGCAGGCUUCGCUGUCAUUCCUGGCUGGAUUUCUAGACUUUGAGCAUCAACUGAUGAAGUAACCUACCGGUCUCCAACAUGGAUACCUUCGCCACCUUGCGUAUCGUCUGGGUAACAGUCAUUUCUAGCAUCCUGCUAUGCAAUGUCUGCAGCGGACAGAGAUUCGAGAGAACAUUCCGUGUGCCCAGCACUGAGGGCAGUUUCAUCAACUUCGUAAUGGACCCAGACACAAACUCCAUAUACAUCGGAGCUAGCAACAAGAUACUGAAACUAAGUAGGGACCUUGUGUUGGAAUAUGACGUAAGCACGGGACCUGAGCCGGACAAUCCGGCCUGUCUGCCUACUGGGGAGUGUACGUACGGCCGGCAGGUGACAGACAACAUCAAUCAGGUGCUUGUGGUUGACACCAGCGCCAACAGACUGAUCUCCUGUGGAAGCGUAUUCCAAGGCAGCUGCCAGCUGAGGAGAAGGGACGACCUGUCCCUCAUCGCGUAUCCCAAGUCCGAACCUCAUCAUUUCAUUGCUGCUAACAGUAUGGAGGGGUCAACGUACGCAUUCAUCGCACCCGGACCGUCGGAUCAGGGCGAGGUCCUGUACGUUGGCGUGUCCCGAACAGACCGAGGUUUGUUCAGCAACCCGCCAACUGUAUCCAGCAGAACAGUAGCCGCAGACAGCAACAACAUCAACAUCUUCAAGUUUGCCUCGUCGGACGAGUUUUCCGAGCCGAAGAUCGACAUGAACCCAAACGUUCUCAGCAGUUAUCCGAGAUUCAACAUCAAAUAUGUCUAUGGCUUCAGUAGUGGAUUUUACAGCUACUUUGUGACAAUACAGCCUCAGAGUUACAAUAUUCCAAGCGGGCCCCUUCUGUCCAAGAUAGUGAGAAUCUGUCACGAUGACAACAAGUACCACUCCUACAUUGAGCUCCCGCUUAUGUGUUCAGCCAACUCGGUGAACUACAAUCUCGUUCAGGCGGCGUAUGUUGGUAAACCGGGUGCCAUCCUGGCCGGGAACAUGGGAGUUACCCCAAACGACGACGUGCUAUUCGCCGUCUUUUCCAAAAGCCAAAGUUCGUCGGAUAAUCCGACCUCGUCCUCUGCCCUUUGUGUAUACACCAUCAAAGACAUCAACAGGGCCAUGAAGGCGCGGAUACAAGACUGCUUCAACGGGAACGGGAAUCUGGGAAUAGACUGGAGUACAGGGACACUCAGCACUGGGUGUAGACAGAGCAAUUUACCUAUAAAUGAUGACUUCUGUGGGUUUGAGGUGAAUCACCCCAUGGGUGGCACCAUGCCGAUACCUGCCCAGCCAGUCUACUCCACUAACUCUGCAACGUUGACGGCUGUCACAUCACUAGAAGUCCAAGAGUACACCGUGGUCUUCCUUGGCACCAACAGAGGACAUCUAAAAAAGGUUGUGGUGACCAGUGGCACCAGUGGACAUGAGUACGAGGACCUGACCGUGGUGACCAACAGCGCUGUCCUCCCCAGCAUGUACUUCACACAGGACAAGAACUACAUCUACGUGGCCACCCAGAGACAGGUGACGUUGGUACCAGUAGAGAACUGUGGACAGUACAGCACCUGUGGAGAGUGCCUGGGAGUGAGAGACCCUUACUGUGGCUGGUGUGUGCUGGACAACAAGUGUUCUCGGAGGUCAGAGUGCAGUGAUGCUGACAUCACGUUUCGCUGGGCCACUACGCUGCAGGAGUGCCCCACCAUCAGUGUUAAUCCCGGCUAUAUCCCUCGCACACAGGGCAUUGUCAGGGUGACAAUCACUGGCCAGAACAUCCCAGCCUUGACUGGAGGACACUCCUACUCCUGUGUGUUUGGGAACUUUGCCACGACAAGUGCCACGGUGGUGGGAACACAGCUGUUCUGUAACUCCCCACCUGCCAGCAAGAUACCUGCCAUCACAGGGCCACGAGACAACUUGGUGUCGGACCUCUUUCUGCUGGCAAGUGAGACUAACCAGAAGUUCGUCAAGACCAACUUCACCUUCUAUGAAUGCAACGUACACGCAUCCUGUUACAGUUGCACGUCCAGCAGCUUCAACUGUGAUUGGUGUAUCUAUGACAACGUGUGCACGCACCGCAGAACGGACGUCUGCAGAUAUGUCAGCAACUCCGAACUGGUCUUGGGCAAUGACGGUCCAGAUUCGUGUCCUCAGAUUCUGCCCUCAGAAGAAGAGACGUUAAUCCCAGAAGGAGUCACCACGGAGAUUGUUUUGAAGGCAGCCAAUCUUCCCAUUCCAAAGUCAGGACAGCUGGGGUUCCAGUGUGUGCUGGAUAUUGAAGGGAACAUGAGGAGAGUUCAGGCCGCCGUUCUGGACGACCAAACCCUGCAGUGCCAAGCUGCACAGUAUUUCUACAGUAGAAAAGUCUUAAGUCUUCCCAUCACCCUCUCUGUUGAAUGGAACGGGCACUAUAUCAUAGACAACCCACGAAAUGCACAAGUGUUCCUGUACAACUGCUCUGUGACCCACACCUCCUGCGGGGUCUGCCACAAGUCGAAUGAGAAGUUUCAGUGCGGCUGGUGCCAUGCCCAGGACCAGUGCACCAUCAGGGACCAGUGCCCGGCUAUGUGGCUGGACAGACUACAGACGUGUCCCAACCCAAGGGUCCUACAGUUCACCCCAGUGGCAGGGCCCGUGGAGGGAGGAACCAUUGUAACCAUGAGGGGGGAGAAUCUGGGCAAGCAGUUCUCCCAGGUAGACAACAAUGUGUACGUGGCUGGAAUUGCCUGUCAGACUCUGGAGACUGGCUUUGUACCUGAAGAACAAUUGACAUGUAGGACAGGUGCGUCCGCCCAGGGUAUCAUGGCUGGCCCCAUCCAAGUCAAGGUGGACCAGUACAGUGGAAGGUCCAAUGCCAACUUUUCAUAUGUGAACUCUGUCAUCCUGAGUGUGAGCCCUACACGUGGUCCUAAGUCAGGAGGCAGUCGGGUGACCAUCACAGGUCAGCACAUGAACGCUGGCAGCACCAUCACAGCUACAGUCGCAGGACAGGACUGCCGAGUCAUGGAAACAACGUCCACCACAGCUGUGUGCAUCACCUCCGCCUCCACCAUGCUGACCUCAGGAGGGGUCAGGAUGAAGUUUGACGAGGCCACCAAGGUCAACAACAACAUCCGCUUUGAGUACGUGGUGGACCCGACAAUCAUCCAGAUCCUCACAGACAAAACAAUCAAGAGUGGGGGCCUCCCGGUGCAAGUGAUGGGGACAAACCUGUUCUCAGUACAGCAGCCCAGGAUGACUGUUACUGUGGGAGGACGGACCUUCACCGGGGAACCCUGCAUUGUCAAGACAGAAAACAUAAUGGAGUGUCCGUCCCCCGGCAUCGUCGCUGAUAGGAACGCCACAGAGGACGAUCCCAUUCAGGCUGACUUCUACGGUUUCAUCAUGGACGGGGUGUUAGCCACCAGGAACCUGUCCCAGGACAGCUCCCUCUUCAUGCCCUACUUGUACUACCCUGACCCCAUCUUCUACCCUUUUGAGGAUGGAGAAGAACAGAUGACAGAAAACCUCAUCAUCAGGGGUGAGAACCUCCUGCUGGUGAUUAAGGAGGAAGACAUCACCGUCCUGAUCGGUAACCAGCGCUGUAACGUCACGUCCCUGGCGAAGGACCUGCUGACCUGCCGGCCACCUGAAGCUAAGCCUGCUCGUGUGGAGGAGGACGGAGGGCUCAACUACGGGGCUCAGCCACAAGUCUUGGUCCUGGUUGGAGACCUGGAGUUUUUUAUCGGCUAUCUGGACUAUUCUGGAGCAGGAAUCAACUUCCCGCUGGAGGCACAGAUUGGGCUGGGCGUGGCCGCAGGGCUGGCUCUGGUCGUCAUCAUGAUCAUCCUCAUUGUCUACAGGAGGAAGUCCAAGGAGUCAGACAGGGUCCUCAAGAAGAUGCAGAUGCAGAUGGACAUCUUGGAGUCUCGAGUGGCCAGGGAGUGUAAGGAAGCAUUUGCAGAGCUGCAGACAGACAUCACAGAACUGACCAAUGACCUGGAGGGAGGAGGCAUUCCCUUCCUGGACUACAGGAACUACACCAUGAGGGUCCUGUUCCCUGGCUGUGACGACCACCCUGUCCUCAGGGACUUGGAGGUCCCAGGGGGGAAAGCUGCAUAUAUGGAGAAAGGGUUGAAACAGUUUGGUCAGCUGAUCAACAACAAGACGUUCCUUGUGCUCUUCAUACGGACCUUGGAGGAGCAGAAAAACUUCACCAUGAGAGACAGAUGUAAUGUGGCAUCCCUGGUCAUGGUUGCCCUGCAGGGAAGAAUGGACUAUGCAACUGACAUUCUAAAAGCCCUCCUGGCCCAGCUGAUUGACAGGACAGUGUUGGAGAGUAAGAACCCCAAACUUCUGAUGAGGAGAACAGAGUCUGUUGCUGAGAAGAUGCUGACCAACUGGAUGUCAUUCAUGCUGUACAAGUUCCUCAGGGAGUGUGCAGGCGAGCCCCUGUACAUGCUGUUCCGUGCCAUCAAGCAGCAGGUGGAGAAAGGUCCAGUGGACACCGUCACAGGCGAGGCCAGAUACUCGCUUAGUGAGGAAAAGCUUAUUAGACAGCAGAUAGAGUAUAAAAUACUGACCGUGAACGUUGUUGGCGUUGAUGACAGCCAGCCCAUCCCUGUGAAGGUGUUGGACUGCGACACCAUCACACAAGUCAAGGAGAAACUUCUAGAUGCCAUCUACAGAAGUACGCCCUUCUCCUACAGGCCACACAAGGAUGACGUGGACUUAGAGUGGAGACAAGGCCGGCUGGGCAGACUGACCCUACAGGACGAUGACCUGACCUCCAAACCUGAGGGCGAGUGGAAGAGAAUCAACACCCUGUCUCACUAUCAGGUCCCAGAUGGAGCCAUCAUGGCGCUGGUCCCCAGACAGCAGACCGGCUACUUCAACCUGUCCGGCUUCUCAGGCCUGUCCUCCCUCUCCACCAAGUCUCUCACCAAGAACCCGUAUGGUAAUGGAGCGGCUGACUGUAUGAAUGUGAGCAGUCCUGGACUGAGCAGGUUCCCCGGCAGUCCUGCCAGCAGGUCCACCUCCCCCAUCAUCACUCCUGAUCACAUGGAGAACGGCAUCAAGCUCUGGCAUCUGGUGAAGCAUCAUGACCAGGACAUGCAGCGGGAGGGAGACAGAGGCAGUAAGAUGGUGUCAGAGAUCUAUCUCACCAGGCUCCUGGCCACCAAGGGCACGCUGCAGAAGUUUGUAGAUGACUUGUUUGAGACGAUAUUCAGCACGGCGCACCGCGGGAGCACGCUGCCGCUCGCCAUCAAGUACCUGUUUGACUUCCUGGAUGAGCAGGCAGAGAGACACGCCAUCACUGACCCCAGUGUUAUCCACACGUGGAAGAGCAACAGCCUGCCACUUAGAUUUUGGAUAAACCUGAUCAAGAACCCCAACUUCGUGUUUGACAUCUACAAGUCCAACACGGUCGACGCCUGCCUGUCCGUCAUCGCCCAGACCUUCAUGGACUCCUGUUCCAUCUCUGACCACCGCCUGGGGAAGGACUCUCCCUCCAGCAAGCUGCUGUACGCCAAGGACAUUCCACAGUACAAGAACUGGGUCAACAGGUACUACCAGGACAUCCAGGCCAUCCCACCAAUCAGUGACCAGGACAUGAACGCCGUGCUGGCCGAAGAGUCACGCUUGCACUACAACGAGUACAACACCAUCAGUGCCUUGCACGAGCUCUACAGCUAUGCCAACAAGUACAGUGAGGAGCUUCUGAGUCUUCUGGAGAUGGAUGACACGGCCAGGAAGUUCAAGUUAGCCUACAAGCUGGAGCAGGUCGCCUCCACCAUGGCAGGGGAGGUCUGACAACAUGUACACAGGCACCGCACCCAGCUUUCACACUCCAAAAAUACAACGCUGCAUGUACAUGUAGAUUUAAAGCAAGCUCAAUGUGUGUACUUGUUGUGACAUCUGACAUUCUGUUGGUACAGUUACAAUCACGGUAGAUCUGCAACACUUAAAGAAGAAAUAUUAUUUUUUUGACAGCACAGACCUUUUUAAUCCACGGCUACUGUUGCAUGAUAAAGACAUUGUGAUGUUGAUAUAUUUGUCGUAUGCAUGCAACUGUUUUAAUGCCAGAUUUAACUGCUAUACUUGCAGUUCAAAAUAUGUUGCAAGAUAAUUUUGUAUUUUCAAGGCAGUCAACCACAUACAAUCUGACCUUUAAAAAGAAAAGUACAUGUAUGUGUCACAAAUAUAUGAUGUAAUAAUGUUUUUUUCAGAUAAAGGGAUAAAUAUUUAACUGGUUGUACUUAAUUUUGAGUUUAAGAUUUACCACCAAAAUGACUACAAAAUAUGUAGGCAAAGGGAAGAAAAUGUGUAAACGUGUGCAUGUAAUAUUUACUGUUCCACAGAGCAUGCUGUACCAAUAUACCUAGUUGAUUCAACACAAACUGUCCAUGGUAAUCAGUGGGAGGGCUGCUUGGAGUGCAAUUUAACUGGGUGUCAACAUACCUGUUCUCCUCACAUAUUUUUGCUUCCGUAUAAAGAUGACUUGAAGUGUGUUUACUGCAUAAAAUGGAGUCUUGAGCUGCAACUGUACAUGUACUUACUAGUAUUACAAUGGGUAGACGAUUUUUCAGCUUUAAGGGAAUAGUAAACUUGUAUACAGUCACUGAGUUAACAUCCUCAUAGACAUGGGUCAUAAACCUGUUAGUGACUGACUGUAAGUGAGUAAGUGAUAAAGAGAUGUUUUGAUGUGAAGAUAAAGAGCAGAGACGUGGAAGUUUAUUGUUGCGUUGCAACGCAAGUUACUGAAUUUGGUGCCAUCCAACAGCGUUUGAUUGUAGUGAGUGUCGUAUGUAUGGUGGUGUAGGAUAAAAAUGAACUAUCAAAAGACUUGUUUGUAAUUUCCAGUUCUAAGGACCUUUUAGAACAUACAGUAGAAAAGAAGUGUCGCAUAAAAUGGUUCAACUACUAAUUCUGUUGUAUCUGACAGUAUUGACAGUAUUUGCUUAAUAUGCUUCUUGAAAUGUAUAUGAGAGCUUGUAUGAUGCUGUUGAAGGUACAUGUAGCAGCAUUUGAUACUGACUGGUAAUUGUCAAGGUGUUCCUAGUAACAUGCCAGGUUUUAUCCAGGAAAAAAAACUAUUGUGAAAAGUACAUGUAAGUGGACUUCAGGUUCAAUGGACAUGUUCAUGUCUCCGAGGCUAUACGCGUGUACGUAAAAUGGUAACUUCACUAUCAAAGCAAAUGACUAUUUUUGUAAAUGAAGAAAAUUGAAUGUAAUGUAGAGGAAGAUGUGUGUGUUAGUAGAGAAUCUGUAAGUAUAGGACAGGUUUUACUGUUGGAAUGUUGUUGUUGUUUUUUUUCGACACUGGUUUAGCUAGCAAAUGUGUUGAGAGCUGUUUGUAAGAAGGGUUUGCUUCUGUUUGGUGUUUGUAGGUUACAUGUUUUUGUGUACAAAUGUGUCACUGCCAGCCUAUAGACGUGGAUGGGCAGACAGCUUGCUGGUGAAAACCUUUGCAAUUAAUUCUCUUGUUAAUAACACUGGAAGGAAUGUGCCAAUUUUUGUAAAGUUGGAAACUAUGGCAUCAUUUCUUCCUGAAGCUUCUUGGUGUUCAAUGAAUUGUAUGUAAAUAUUCCAAGGUAACAAAGUAAGGGGGAACAUUGCUGAAUCUUAUUGACUAGGUGUAUUUACUGUCGGUAUCUGUCAAAAAGCCAUCCUUAAUGCUUGAGAAGAAUACUAAGUUUUCUUUCUUGUCUGCAAGUAGCCUGGGUGCCAGACUAUUUCCAGGGCCUACACAGGGCAGUUCCUCAGCUCCAGGGCCAACAUGCCCCAAGGAAAUUAUACCACUAUUAGGCCACUGACUAACUCUGGGCCUAGUGUGUUAUGGGUCUGGCAUCCAGGCUAGCUUGCAAAUUCGCCAAGUCACAUUCUUAGAGAAAACGAUUACUGGAAUCAGAUAUUUAUCAUAGCCUGGAAGCUGCUGUAUGUUAGUAAUGUUAUGUGUCUUCCUGAAAAAGCUUGGUUUUUUGAGAAAAGAAUCAUGCACAGAAAGAGGAUUAGUUCAGUCUUCUGUACGAAUGUUUAUUGUGAAAAAUAAGUAACAAAAUAUAGGUUCUUGCAGUCUAUGACACCAACACUUUAGGCUGUUGUUUUACUGUUUCAAAGCAGAUCAGUUUGUCUUGAACAUUUAAACACAUUGUUCACUACCUUAAGAGCAAAAAUGAUACUAUCAAAUAGACAUUGAAAUCAGAUUAAUUGGCACACAAACAUGAUCAUGGUUUGACUAAACAUACCAUUAACAGAAAUAUUAUGUCUAAAGCUCCAAGUCCUGAAUAUUUCCACAACUGUGAUUCUGGUCUUCCUAUGAAUUUAGAAUUAAAGAGUUAAACCAAAACAAAUAAGAUUGAAAUGUAAUUAUGAUUAUAAGAUAUAAACAAUAACAUGUAUUGGUGUACAAGUUGUUAAAGAAGUAUUUAUACUGGGGGUGGGAUUUUGAGGCAGAUACAAAGCUAGCCAGAAUAUAUCGUCCAUGCCAAGCAAAAGAGGUAACUGGUAUCAUAUAGGCAUUGCAGGGACUGAAAGUACAGUUGUAGAUACAGAUCUAGAUGCAGAUUCAACAAAGUCUAGGUAGGGCUGUAAAUAGGAUGGACCUUAUUGGCUGGUGAAGUGGAACAUACUAUCUGGUGGCUGUCAGUCCUGCACUUUUUAACUACUGAAAUGUUUUACUGCAAGAGAGCUGGAUGUAAUAUGUUGAUGUGUAUUUUUGGUAUAUUUGAUAAUGGUAAUAAAAUGAACUGUUUGCAUUCCACAUUUUUGCUUUGUGUUCCAUCAUUGCACAAGAAGAACAGUCGAUUUGUGAGGAAUCAUGAUAAUUCUAAAUGAUGUUUUAUAAUAGUUUAUAUAGCUUAUUAGUCAUCGUGCCCAUGGCCUGGUGUCCAGUCUAUCCUGGUUUAGGACGGCUCUCUCCGGGCGAAACACUCCAGCCAGGCGGUCUGUUGAGCUGGGCGGGGGAAAACUAU